CUCCGACUCAUGACGACAUCCCCACGACUCGAUAUGCGGCACACAAUUACGACGACGUCACGUCAGGGGAUGGACGUGAAUGACGUUUCCCCACCAAUUUUGGUGCAUUCCCUGCCAGGCGUUGACGUUCGUGACAACGCUUCCCCAACGAUGUCAGCUACCUUGCAAGAUAGAGCAUAUGCCUUGCUUGGCUCAUCCAAUGGACGGACUGCUCCGCGGGCUCACCGAAGUCUCGACCACCAGGCGGUACUACCAGGCACGAACAUUCAUGACACCAAGCUCCCUACUAUGAUGGCUACCUUGCAAGAUCAGUCCCAUGUGCUGGUGGAAGGCCCGGCAGCGAUCUUGCGGAAGGAUCUUAAUGCGGACAGUCACGAGCUGGCGCACCAGGUACCAGAGGUCCGAGGUGCUGUUCAAACCACACAGCCUAGUAGCAGCAACGCCGAAGUCGUGAGAGAUAUUGGUUGGCAUAAGGCUAAUGUAGAGAUACCUGAUCCGCUGAUAGGUGGUCACACAAAUAGAGAGCUUUUUCAAUUCAUCAGACGCUUCAACAAGGAUGUCUUCGAUGUCAGAGCUGUGCCUAUGGAAAUUGCAAGUGGUCUCGACCUUAAUGAUGCGUGGUCUCAGGAUCAUGCGGCCGACAAAUUGACGCUGCACCUGGAACGGAUUUACUUGACUGUGGUUCUUGGCUUCGCAAGUCUUGGAAAACAAGUAUCGCGACUUCGUUCAUGGAAGGAGACUCGCCGUACAUCGGCGUUCUGCGCGGUAUAUUUCACUGCGUGGCUACUUGAUCUUCUUAUGCCGCUCCUCCUGGGGACAUUGAUUCUCGUGGCCUCUUCUGUGGAAGCUCGCAACGCACUCUUUCCGCCAGCACCGCGUGCUCUGGUAAACAUCAUGACAGGCGGGUGCCAGAAGCCGCAGGCAGGUCAGCUAGGCACCAACGACACACUCACCGGUGCUCCGGAAAAGCAGCCGGGUGAAGCUAUGGAGGAGGAAGCGGCCAAUUUCGUCGACAACGUCCGACAUAACCUUCAAAGGGCUAUCGGUAUGCAUAACAAGCCACAGCAGGAGGGAGAUCCACUGGAGGGGAAGGUUCCGAAGCCUGUCAGGGAAGCAGUCAAAGCCGUCCAAGCCGCAGGUUCCGCACCAGGGCAUAUCACCGAGACUACCGAUCAGACUCAGGAGCCGAUGGAAGAGAUCAUAUGGGCUGGUGUCAACCCGGAAACUGUUGCCAAUAUCCUUGAUGUUGCGCCACAUGUGGUUGGGGAGGUUGCUGAUAAUUGGGAGAGGGUUGCGAACGCACUUUCGCCAACUUCACCAUUUUCUCAUGUUGCUUUCCUCAGAAUCGAUGCUGUUCUAGUCCCUCUAUUCCUCAUGUCGCUUUUUAUUAAUUAUUACAUGGUCUAUAAGACAACUGGGUUGGCCAUUGGAUUCGUCAUUUUUGGCGACCCAAUACUGACACCUUCAAUGGCGUGGUUCAAACGAAAGGUACCCAAUUAUAUGGAGCUUGCAGAGCCCAAGAAUAAUUCUAUCGUAUUUAUACUUAACGAAAAAGGAAAAUACUUGUUACGAAUCAGGCUGCGGCCAGGUCAUGACCAGCAGCCAACUAACAGGAAAGGAAGCUAUACCGAACAGACAGCCUCGUUGGCAAGGCUGGGAUCACGUGACAGGGCUCAGUAG